UAGCUUUUGUCUUGAAAUACUAGAAUUCAUUCCGGUAUUGAGAGAGCUUUUCAUCAGGGUUGUACCAAAACAAGAUUAACCCAAUUCAUUGUGGAAGAAGAGUGCGGAAGAGUUUGGUUUGGGUAGUUUUUUUGCUGGAAUUGUAUGUUACUUUCUUCCUGUGGUCAAAAAUGGACAAGUUCAAAAUAAGCAAAAUGCUCCAAGAGUAUUUGAGGUCUAGAUUAAUUUUUUUUUAGUCUGUCGUUGUACAGGAAGAGUUAGUGCGUUAUAGAAAGGCUUGCUUGAGCUACAAGAAGUGCCUUUAAACAUUACUGCAUUUCUUGGAUAUGUUUUGGUUAGUAAAUCGAGGACAUGGUUUUAUUAGCCCUGGCAUUGAUUAUCUCUGACCCACUCACCUAUAUAUCCUGGAAAGGAUGAGUUUAGAACUCUUUUGCUUUAAAUACAUGGGGUUUUCUAGCAAGGGUGUUUUGGUCUGAAAAGCUUCUAAAAUGUUAGUGUAUCCACUUAUAGGUGGAUUUAUUUUUCAGAGGGGAAGUACGGGUAGACAUUCAGCCAUGCUUUCUAGAAAACACUUUGUAGUAUUUCUGCUUUAAAAGUAAAAGUUCUAGUCGCUAACGAGAGCGUGCCUUUUACUGUAAUAGUUCACAUUUAGUGUGACAUAAGGACAAUUAUGCAAAAAUGUGUUGAGACUGGAAGCUGCUAUUCAAAGUUGUUGAAUAUUGUAAGAUCACCGAAGACAGCACGGGGUUGAAUGCUUGGUGAUUAGUACUCCUCCUACAUAGCCCUCUGCGUUACCUCCGGAUUAGACACAGAGCUGACUGCCGUGGUAGUUUCCCUGACUGAGGAGUGAUGUUCUCAAACAAUGAUGAAGCUGUGAUCAACAAAAAACUUCCAAAAGAGCUGCUGCUUCGAAUUUUCUCUUUCCUGGAUGUGGUCACUCUGUGUCGUUGUGCUCAAGUUUCCAGGGCAUGGAAUGUUCUGGCCCUGGAUGGCAGUAACUGGCAGCGAAUUGACCUGUUUGAUUUCCAGAGGGAUAUUGAGGGCCGGGUAGUUGAGAAUAUUUCUAAAAGAUGCGGGGGUUUCUUGCGGAAGUUGAGCCUGCGUGGCUGCCAAGGAGUGGGAGACAAUGCAUUAAGGACAUUUGCACAGAACUGCAGAAAUAUUGAAGUAUUGAACCUAAAUGGCUGUACCAAGAUCACAGAUGCUACGUGUACCAGCCUCAGUAAGUUCUGCUUUAAACUCAGGCACCUUGAUUUGGCUUCCUGCACUUCCAUAACCAACCUGUCUCUGAAAGCGCUGAGCGAGGGAUGCCCACUGCUGGAACAGCUGUAUAUCUCCUGGUGCGACCAAGUGACUAAGGACGGCAUCCAGGCUCUGGUGAGAGGCUGUGGGGGACUCAAAGCCCUGUUUCUGAAAGGCUGCACGCAGCUUGAGGAUGAAGCUCUGAAAUACAUUGGUGCACAUUGUCCCGAGCUGGUGACUUUAAACCUUCAAACGUGCUUACAAAUAACAGAUGAUGGUCUCAUUACAAUAUGCAGAGGAUGCCACAAGUUACAAUCCUUGUGUGCUUCGGGCUGCUGUAACAUCACAGAUGCCAUCUUGAAUGCCCUGGGGCAGAACUGCCCACGGCUUAGAAUAUUAGAAGUUGCAAGGUGUUCUCAACUAACAGAUGUGGGCUUUACCACUCUAGCUAGGAACUGCCAUGAGCUUGAAAAAAUGGACCUGGAAGAGUGCGUCCAGAUAACAGACAGUACACUAAUCCAGCUUUCCAUACACUGUCCACGGCUUCAGGUUCUGAGUUUGUCCCACUGUGAGCUGAUUACGGAUGAUGGGAUUCGUCACUUGGGAAACGGCGCCUGCGCACACGACCGCUUGGAGGUGAUCGAGCUGGACAACUGCCCUUUGAUCACGGAUGCCUCCCUGGAGCACCUGAAAAGCUGCCACAGCUUGGAGAGGAUAGAACUGUACGACUGUCAGCAAAUCACGCGGGCAGGGAUCAAGAGACUCAGGACCCAUUUACCCAAUAUUAAAGUCCAUGCCUACUUCGCGCCUGUGACUCCACCUCCUUCGGUCGGGGGCAGCAGACAACGCUUCUGCAGAUGUUGCAUCAUCCUAUGACACUGGAAGUGGUCGUCCUUGCAAACUGACUAUUUAAUUACACUUGUAGAAUUACGGUGGACACCAGUAUCUUCAAGGAAAGCGAUACCAGUGUCAUUUGCCAGGGCCAGUGAACAGGGCCGUGGUGCCAGGCCCCUGUAGCCACCCAUACACAUACAUAUACGCGCCCCACCUGUUCCAGCAAACCGAUGAACUCCGCAGAAUGGGAGCUGGAGCUGUGUUGGCUUUUUUUCUGUAGGUGGAUUGGUAUAAUUCUGAACCAUUCCUACUGGGCAUGCUCAGAUGAAAUCAUUGCGGUAAGGAGGGGAGGGUUUUUUGUGAACCCAGAAUGACUCUUGCUGCUGUUGAGGUCGGAAUAGCAACUGAAAUCCUUUGAAAUGGGGAAAGGGGGAGAGGGAAGGAACAUGCUUUAACCCUGCAUCCCUUGUCCAGCAGAAAAAAAAAAAAAACCAAACCUGAAAAUCCCAACAAGUUUUGUGUCCGUUUUUCAGUGAGGGAAUGAAACAGCAGCUGUUGUGAGACCUGAUUUACUUGUGCUUCUCUGCUUCCCGUUCCCUGCUGACCACCCUGAGCAUGCUCACAUUGAAGGUUCAUCUGUUUCUUCUGUGUUCUGUAGCAUCCAGCUCAGAGGCUUCCUAGAUCGUCGUGAUAUAGCUUGAAAUCUGUAAUGUCAGGCUCCAUUUUUUUAUCCUCCCUACAUCCUGCUUUUUUUACAGGUUUCUAAUUCAGUAAUUUUUUUGAGAUUUACCAAACAAAAGUUACGAAUCAAUAAUUUAAAUUUUGAAAAAAAAACAAAACACUUUUUACCAUUAGAAGCCCGAGCCUGUAACGACCCGUUAGGAAGAUCUUUAAAUGGAAGGUGAGCUGCGCCACAGGCUAGGCUCUUGUAGGCUUCUUGGCCUGUUUUUAUCAGCGAUAGGAUGUCCGAAUUUGUUUUUGCAUUUCAGGUUUUAUCCCAGCGACAAGAAUAUAACUCUUGAUAUAGGGAAAAAGUUAUAGUUUCUGUUCCAAUGACUGUGAGUUCCCUGCUCCUCCUGUUCUUUCCCUCCCACCCUUCAUCUUGCCCCCAAGGAAAAGCAGAGUAGAGUUUUUUUGCUUGUUGCCCUGAUCAAGAAAUAAUGCCUCGCUAACGGAAGCGGGAGGAGCAGCGGGCUGGAAAAUAUGCCCUCAAUUUAUUGUCACGUUGUCGUAUGCCGAGGUGCGAGCGCUGGGUGAUUUUGCUGACUUUUGCAUCUUCUGCAGGUAAGUGUUUUGCCCCGGAGAAGGAACCGUCUGAAUGAAACGAGGGUUUUCUAUGUGCCAGUCCUUCCCGGCUGUUGGGACGUGCUCCCAGCAGCUGCUUUUGAGACAUUUCAGGCAAGAUUAGCCCAGGUGCUUCAGAGGAGCGUAGACAGCCCGGGCCAGCUCUGUCAGCUCCCAGUUCCUUGAUGCUGGCAGCUCCAGAUGCCCAGUAUGAAACAUGUGAACAGAUGGGCAGAUGCCAAGGGUUUAAUGGGGCAGAACUUGGUCAAACUCUUAACAGGUUUGCGGAAGACGAGCUGACGUGUAAGUAAUUGCGCUCUUCCUGCUGUCCGCACCCCGGGGUGGACGGGAGCGCACGUGUUUGGGGGUGACAGAGAGGAGCAAGGCUGUUUAAUCAUCCUCACUGCCAAGGAAGUGGUGCUUCACCUUUCCGCUGAAAAAUCUGAUGGGGGAAGAGCAGGGUGCAGCACAAGGAAAUGGCUAUUUUAGGGUCCUAGGGGCUUGUUUUCAUUCACCGUGGGUUUGCUUUGAGGACAGUGUGCUGCUUCCCAACGCUUUUAUUGCUGUCUGAGCAUUUCAGGCAGCCAGAAGGGUCGCUUAGUCCCACCGAAGCUGUAUCCCCUUCAUCUACAACUUAAAUUUCCCCAGCCCAUCGGUAUGUGCUUAACAAAGCCUUGCAGAUGCACAGUCUGCUGGGAGGAAAUCCAGUGUGCUGUGUUUAAAAGGAUACUGUCAAUGCCUUUCCUGUAGAUCACUUUUAAUCUGUUAUAUUUAUUCAAAUCCUCUUUAGCGCUGUGGAUUCUCUCUCUCUCCUCAACGAGCAUGUUCCUAUACUUCGUUUGCAGAACUCCUUUCUCCGAUUUUUCGGGGUGGCAGAAGAUAAUGGUCACAGACUGACUCCAAAGGGGCGGGUGCGCCUGGGGCAGCACCCCGCAAUCCCGGUAUUUGCACAGCUCUGGAAAGAACACUCUGUUUUAUUUUAUACCGUGGCGGGGGAGAGCUAAAAUGGAUUUGCAAGCCAGGGUGUAGUUGGCUGACUGAUUUCUUUGUAACAGAGUAGAGUUUUCAAGGGAAAACUCAAGAAUACAGAACCCAAAGCAUUAUUUUUAUUUUUUUCCAAACAGGGUGACAGCAUUAAGGUAGCUCAAACUGCUUGACAGUGUCCUUUUAAGUCAAUUAUCCGUCUUCAAAUGGACUCUUCCUAAUGUUUGUAUUUAUAAAUACCAAUAAACACCAUUUUCCAA